AUAGCUCACCAAUCUCGUGAAACCUGAAAUAGAACUGACCAUCAACAAACAAAGAAUUAAAGAAAGAAAGAAUAGAACGAGCAAGGAUUACAAAAAUUUAUUUGAGUUUUACUACAGUUUGUCACGUUGUUAGUUGUGAGUAAUGAAAAAUGGACCCACUACUUUUAUUCUGUAUUGUGAGUUGUGAAUGGUGACAAAAGUUGUAAAUUUUUGGUGUCAUAGCAAAUAUUUUUUUUUGGGUUGAGUAGAAUACACUUUUGUGCUUUGCCAUGAAUGUCUAUUGUGUCUCGUGUAGCGGAAAUGAUUCACCUACAUACAUGCCUUGAUUUAAAAAUUUCCAGAAUGAAUGAAAGAAAAACAUUUAAUAAGGUCAAUGUCUUCCCAACGGUAAUUUCCCUUUACCGAUCGUCGCUAUGCCCUACACCAAUAAAUUUUAGCUAUCAGAUGGAUUAUUUUUUUUUUAUAACACUGUCAGAUCGAUUUUACUUUUACGUUUUAGAAAGUAAAUUGUUGGUCUAGACCAUUGAUACCAUCAUAAAACUCCAACCUACUUUCACCUAAAUCUAACUGUGGCCACGAAUCAAUAAAGUUCAAGUAAAUAUUGCUAAGUAUCAAAUGCUAAUGCAUGUACGUGCAUUCAUUUGAAACCAAUUGACUUCUUUCUUUUGUUUCUGAAAUAUUUUUAGUUGGCUACCUUCAUUUGAAACCAAAUUCUGUUAAGGGAAGGACAGAAUGGAAGACAAUAUUAUGAAUUUAGUUGUAGUUGGAGUCAUUUCAUGGUCAACAAUAUUUCUGUUGACAAGGAGGGUCUUCUCUAAGCUUUCAUUUGAAUUCAGCAACCGAAUUGUUUCAACAAUUCAUGCAACUUUAGCUGUAAUAUUAGCCUCUCUCUCUGUUCAAGAUUGGAGGUGCCCAGUUUGUCCCUUGGCUUCAAAAUCUUCUCCAAAGCAGAUGCAAACUCUAGCAGUGACCCUUUCUUAUAUGAUCUAUGAUUUGGUAUGUUCCCUCUUUAACAAAAAAUUCAAACUUGACAAUUCAAUCCACCAUCUGGUCAGCAUUGUUGGAAUGGGAGCCGGCCUAGCCUAUAACAAGUCUGGAUCAGAGUUGGUGGCUGCAUUAUGGGUAUCUGAAAUCUCCAGUCCUUUCCUCCACUUGAGAGAGCUUCUCAAAGAGCUUGGUUACAAAGACACGGACCUUAAUCUGGUGGCCGAUAUUCUAUUUGCAGCGAUAUUUACAUUCGCCAGGAUGGGUUGUGGGUCUUAUAUCACUUACUUGACUGUGGCUGCUAACAAUCCAUUUGUCAUAAAGGCAAUGGCAUUGAGCUUGCUUCUGGUUAGUGCCUUCUGGUUCUACAAAAUUGCUGCAAUGGUGAACUACAAAUUGAUGAAGAGGACUAGUAAAAAUGUCGCCUAAAAGCUAUUUGAACCCAAAAAUUUAAAAGAGCUACAGCAUAACAUUGUGAACAUCAUGAAGUUAAGAGUCCUCUCUAUGGUUGUACCAGUCAGCCAACUGUAUUGCACAAAUCAUUUAUGUGGAUAAUCUUUUGUGUUUUGAAUAGAUAAUAUAAUUUCAUCCCAUGACCCUCUAUAAUGACUGUUCUAUAUUAUCAGACCAAGAGAUCAAUUGAUUUUUGUGGAAAAUUUGAAUCCUA